UACGCAUGUUCAGUAAACACGUGCAGAGCAAAAUGGCGGAUGGAGAUGCAGCGAAAGCCACUCAAUUCAAGGACAAGGGAAAUGCAUUUCUUCAAGCUGGUGAUAUCGCCAAGGCCAUUGUGUCCUACACAGAGGCCAUUACACUUGAUCCGUCAAAUCACGUCUUUUACAGCAAUCGAUCGGCAGCAUAUGCCAAGGAUCAGAAAUACGAACAGGCCUUAACUGAUGCUAAAAAGUGUGUGGAAUUAAAGCCGGAUUGGGGAAAGGGCUAUUCAAGACUUGGCGCAGCACUGUCAUUUCUGAAGCGCUACAAUGAGGCAGAAAAGGCAUAUUCCAAAGGACUCCAGCUGGACCCCAAUAAUGCUCAGCUGAAAAGUGGUCUAGAAGAAGCCAGAGCUCAAGCACAGCGUAGUAAUCCCAUGAUGAGCCCGUUUUCCAUGCCUGACUUGUAUGUCCGCCUUGCUAUGAACCCUAAGACCAAAGCUUUUCUGGAUCAACCGGACUACAGAGCUGCUAUUGAACAGCUUAGACUUAACCCACAGUUACUUCAAACCAGUCAUCUCCAAGAUCCCAGAAUCAUGCAAACAGUGGCAGUGUUGCUUGGCAUUGACGCAGAUGUUGCAGACAAUGAAGAGCCUGCUCCUUCAACCUCAGAAGAGAAACCAGCCAGUGAACCAAUGGAGACUGACAAGCCUGAACCUGAACCAGAACCUGAAGUGGAUGCUUCUGUUGAAAAGUCCCUAGAAGAGAAAGAGCUGGGAAAUGCUGCCUAUAAAAAGAGAGACUUUGAGACUGCCCUUGCACACUAUGCAAAGGCCAUUGAACUAGAUCCUACAAAUGUCAGCUUUCUAACCAACAGGGCAGCUGUCUAUUUUGAACAAGGGAAGUAUGAUGACUGUAUUGAAGAGUGCAAGAAGGCAAUCACGUUAGGCAGGGAGCAAAUGGCAGGAUUCAAAAUAAUUGGAAAAGCCUAUGCCAGAAUAGGAAAUGCUUAUAGUAAGCAAGGAAAGCUCAAAGAGGCAAUUGAUGCCUACAAUAGCUCUUUAGUUGAGUACAGAGCACCUGAUGUCUUACAGAAAGUCCAGGAGGCAGAGAAAGCAGUGAAAGAGCAAGAAAGAUUGGCCUACAUUGACCCAGCAAAGGCAGAGGAAGAAAAAGAAAAAGGAAACAACUUAUUUAAGAAAGGGGAUUUCCCAGAGGCACUCAAGCAUUACAAGGAGGCCAUCAAAAGAGAUCCCAAUAAUGCAAAACUGUACAGCAAUCGAGCAGCUUGUUAUCAAAAGUUGGCGGCAUUCAACUUAGCUUUAGAGGACUGUGACAUGUGUAUCAAAUUGGACCCCACAUUUGUCAAAGGUUAUACAAGGAAAGGCGGUGCCUUGUUUGCGAUGAAGAGAUUCACAGAUGCUCAGAAAACCUAUCAGAAAGCUCUGGAGCUGGAUCCCGCAAACAAGGAAGCCACUGAAGGUAAAAGAGCAUGUUUCAUGGCGAUGUCUGAACAGCCAACAGACCCUGAGGAAAUCAGAGCGCGGGCGAAUGCUGAUCCCGAAAUACAGGAGAUUCUUACAGACCCAGCAAUGAAAAUUAUACUCGAUCAAAUGCAGGAAGACCCCAAAGCCGCUCAGGAACAUCUGAAAAAUCCCGAAAUUCGAAGCAGAAUACAGAAGCUCUACGAGGCAGGAAUCUUGCAGAUUCGCUAAGCAAGUCACUUCAUAGAUACCGUUAUGACAGUGAAGACACUUCAAGGAACUGUCUCCGCACAAAGGCUGUGUCUUUAACCAUAUCUGACCUAGAGUGAUAAACAAACAACUUAAUUACUCUUUACAACAAUACCAAUAAACUGUCAACAACUACGUGUCUAAAGUAAGAGAAUGUAGCCCUUAUAAAAUAAACUUUGCGAAGUUUUUUGCCUGCUUUUCUCGCUCGAUUACGUUUGUAGCGCGAUUGACUUUUUAACAUAUUUUGAAAGCGGCGGAGAUAAUUUUCGUUUCGUUUUUGUUUUAGGGCAAUAAUGGUUUUCCUCGCCUUAAACGGUUUUACUGUAGGAGAUUUUCCCGAGGCGACGUGUUAUACUGUGCAACCGCGGAAUACGAAUUACAAACCUUGUGGAACGGGCUGAAUUUUUUCGUUGUUUGGGCGGUCCCUAGCGUGACCAGCCAAAUGACUGGUGGCGAGACGGCUCAGUAAUGGACAUGGUGUAUGAUAAAAAGAAUUCAGAUCCAAUCUAAGGUUGUGAAUCUAAGGUUGCACUAUUAAUAAAAAGUGGUUCUCUGUGAUGCGCUUAUGUGACUAGUGCGGUCGUUAAGUUUAACGUGUGUUGGCUCUGGCGUUAGAAAACAACGUUAAAAGCGGCUUGUGAACAAUUUAAACCUACAGCUUGUGGUAGUGGGAAUAGUCUGGCUUGUCAUUAAAUGCUUCUUCAAGUUGC